GGGAGGGGAAGGGGAGAGUUUAAAUGAAGUUUCAAAGAAGCGGACUCCUUCACUUGUCUUCUAGCCUCCUCAGCAUCUCAGGAAGGAGCUGCUUGGGUCGGUUCCAGGAUGGGUGUAGACUCCAAGCAGAUCGUUCUCUUGCUGCUGUUGGUUGUGACGGUUGUAUCUAUAUUAAUUGCCCUGAUUUUGUCCCUGGUGACAAGCGUGGACAUCCCCCUUUCACCUGGAACCAAGUAUGGGAUGGUGUUUGAUGCCGGUUCGUCCCACACGGCGCUUUACAUCUAUCAAUGGCCUGAAGACAAGGAGAAUGACACCGGGGUUGUGAGCCAGACUCACGUGUGCGAUGUGGAAGGUCCUGGUAUCUCCAGCUACGCCGAUGACCCUCCUGGUGCCGGUAAAUCUCUUGUUCACUGCUUGGAUGAAGCCAUGUCUAUUAUUCCUACCAAGAAUCAGCUUGCGACCCCCGCUUAUCUUGGAGCCACAGCUGGGAUGAGACUGCUCGAAUUACAGGACAAGGCUAUAGCAGAUAAGGUGCUUGCUGAGGUAUCAAAGUCCAUAAGCCGGUACCCCAUUGAUUUCCGUGGUGCUCGGAUCAUCACUGGACAAGAAGAAGGGUCCUAUGGCUGGAUCACUAUUAAUUACCUCUUGGAAUCGUUCAUGAAGUAUUCCUUUAGUGGCCAUUGGGUAAGGCCAAUCUCUUCCAAGAUAUAUGGUGCUCUGGAUCUUGGUGGUGCCUCCACACAGAUCAGCUUUAUUCCAAAAGUGGAUAUCAAGGAUGCAAAAGAAAAAACUGAAUUCAAACUAUAUGGCUUCCCCUAUACUAUCUACACUCACAGCUUCUUGUGCUAUGGGCAAAAUCAGGCUCUGAAGCAGAUGCUGGCAAAGGCAACACAGGGAAAGGACCUGGCUAAUCCUGUUAGCAUCCCUUGCUAUCCAAAAGGAUAUCGAGAGAAUCUGACCCUGCAGUCUCUCUAUAACAGUCCAUGCACAAUAAAGUCUGCUCCAUCGACGCCACUGACACAAACGUUAAGCGUAACCGGUACCGGAAGUGCUACAGAGUGCUAUGAGAUUGUCAAAACCAUCUAUAAUUUUAGUUCCUGUUCGGGUGACCCGGCCUGCUCAUUUGAUGGCAUCUACCAGCCACCUGUCACUGGAAACUUUUUUGCAUUUUCCGCUUUCUUCUACAACUUCGACUUUCUCAACCUGACAUCAGGACAGAGUUUACCUACAGUUAGAAGUGCAGUGGAAACUUUCUGUGCACGAGACUGGACUGAGCUUCAGUCAUCUUUCCCGAAGGAGAAAAGAGACCGCCUUAGAGAUUAUUGUGCCAAUGCCAACUACAUCCUCUCACUGCUGCUGGAGGCCUACAAAUUCAAUAACGAAUCCUGGAAAUCCAUCAGCUUCAUGAAGCAGGCUGCAAACACGGACAUUGGCUGGACUUUGGGCUACAUGCUGAACCUGACCAACAUGAUCCCUUCUGAGGCCCCGUCUACCAUGAGAGCCCAGAAUAACAGCGUCUGGGCGGCUGCCAUAUUCUUCAUUGCCUUCAGUCUGGCUCUUGGAUUGCUUUUGCUGUUUUCACAUUUUCGAUAGUUGAGAUUCCAUACCAUUAGUGGAACAUGAAGGAUUAACCAAGAUAGAAACCACGAUACACCUCAUUAGACUAAAACAUAGCCAGUUACAAGUUGGCAAAGUCAAAUGGCCAUAAUAUUGCUGAUAAGGGAAGCUGAAUUAUGGUCCUGGUUUACAGAAACCAAAGUUGGCUACAAAAUCUACCUGAGAAAUAGGAUUUGGGGUCUACACAUUACCGUAUUUCUCUUAUCCUUAGUACGGGUACAAAACCACAACCCAACCUUGCUUUUCUUCUUCUGGAUCUUUUUAACCCACAUAAAAAAUAAAAAAAACACAUACAUAAUUUCAGCUGAGAUAAACCAUUCCUCUGAGCUAUGAUGGCCCCAAGCUGUCUCAGUCAAUGUCAGGACUUUUGGCUCUCGUGGGAUGGUUCCUGGAUAACAUGAAUUGAUGUUUUUCCAAGGACAAAGGCUCUACAUUCCCCGGUCAUCAUCUCUGAGCGUAAACAGGCUGUAUCAAAGUGGGAAGAAAUAAGAACCAGAGAUGGAUGCUGAAGUAAAUGUGCAGAAACUUGAAGAAAGAAAUCCAAACAAGAAUGAUUAUUGUAGGGUUACUGGAGGUUCAUCCACCAGACCUCUGCUCUGUUCUCGGAGGACAUGGUGCUCACACUUCCUUACCAUUCCAUGUAGGAGAGGAACACCUUCUGCACAAGGGACAUGGAAGAGGCAGAAUGUGAUGAACCUGAACUGGACACACCGUCUCCAUGGGCAUCAAAGCAUCCCCAAAAGCUGCCUAAAAGGAUUCAACAUUCAACUACAAAACCAGCCACCAAGAAAUUCCAAAAUUAAUUUCUAAAAUAAGAGUCCAUUCUGAUUUCUUAAAUCGAUUUAACAUAUCCAAAUCCAUUUCAACGAGUUAAAAAUCUGCAUACACCACUAGGGGGAGCUUUAGAGCUUACUGCAUACUGUCUGAGCCAAGAAUGACAAUGAGCUCCUAAGUCCCACCUAGUGGUGACUGCAAGCUACCAGAAUUGUAUCAUUUAAAGGAGUAUUCCUAUCUUAGACAUUUAUGGCACAGGUCAAUGUCUGAUAGGUGUGGGUCCCAACCACAACCCCAAUCUAUCUUCAGAACAGGAGCUUGCUGUGAGCUGGGCUGUCGUAAAAGUAAAUCAGUAUAGCUUGGCAUGCAUGGUCAACUCUUUGUUACCAAGUGGCCAGGGUCAGAGGACCCCUUUUCUUGAGAUAGAUGGUGGUCUCAGGGAUUUGACCCACAUCUAUGAGAUAUUGACAACAUAUCCCGUGGAUAUGCCAUAUAUUGCCCCCCCCCUUUAACCCUGCGUAUGUAAAGUUUAGAGUUUCAGAUGCAUACGCCAAAAAUGAGGUCUGAACUGAGCCUUAGGCCUCUUGCACACGGCCGUGUGUCCCUCCGUGGGCGUAUUGCGGCCCGCAGACGGCGGGUCUGCAAUACACAGGACACCGGACGU